AUGGUGUACUCUAGAAAGAAAAAGAAGGACAUCAUCGAUAAGGCCAUUACUGACUCAGUCCCACAGUUUUAUGGGCCAGAUGCUGUAUUCCAGACUUUCAUCACAAAUGCGCACCAUAAACAGGUCGCAAAUGCCUUUUCCACUAAACAUGGAAAAAUGAUCAAUUUUGCGUGGGAUGGUGCUUGCAAUGCAUUCCAACUUUUGCCCCUGCAAGGACACACCUUACCAGCAGACCAGUAUCGCAUUGCCAGGGUCAGCCUCAUUAUUCAGGGCACUGACCCUCUUCUGUUCAUGCAUGACUUUUAUUUCAACGAGAACAAUAAUAUAAUCGUACACACAAGAUUCAAGAGCAGAUUUGUUACGGCCAAUGUGAUCAGGUUCAUAUGGUAUUGGAGCAACACAUCAUUUCUCAACACAUCCUCGCUCAAGACUAUCAAGAACAUCAUAGGCAUAGCUGGUGCAGCUACAUACUGCACAUUGUAUGAACAAGGAAUGGCGCAGUUGGACAUAGACCUGUUUGGUGGAAAAGCUCACCAUGACAAGUUCAAAGAAAUUGUUUGCGCAUUCGAUGGACUUACUGGUGCAGAGAAGACUGACUUGGAGCAGCAUUUCCGGUAUAUAUUAGAAAUUGGACCUUUGCAAGCACGAGGCCAGAGCUCGUUGGCAUCAGACUCAGAGAUGAGUGAUUCGAUGUAG